GCUGACAUCAACGUGGCAAUAAUCGGCGUGGGUAAUUGCGCAUCUUCCCUAGUUCAGGGAAUACAUAAGUACUCCGACGCCGGCCCCGAGGACAGCAUUCCGGGAAUUAUGCAUCCGGUGCUCGGCGAGUACGGUAUUGGGGACAUAAAUGUCGUCGCGGCGUUCGACGUCGACGCUACCAAGGUCGGCCUCGACCUGUCGGAAGCCAUCUACGCGGAACCGAACAACACGGUCAAGUUUCACGACGUCCCGAACACCGGCAUCACUGUACAGAGAGGUAUGACUCUAGACGGCGUGGGCGAGUACAUGUCAGACGUGAUCGAAAAAGCGCCAGGGCCGACGGACGACAUUGUCGGGGUCCUGAAAGAGCGCGAAGUAGACGUAGUAAUCAACUAUCUCCCAGUUGGCUCGGAAGAUGCCACGAGAUGGUACGCCGAACAGAUCCUCGCGUCCGGAGCGGGGAUGAUCAACUGCAUUCCCGUGUUUGUCGCGAGCGGAGAGGGAGACUACUGGCAGCGCAGGUUCAGGGAUGCCGGGGCGCCGAUAAUCGGAGACGAUAUCAAGUCGCAGGUCGGAGCCACCAUUAUCCAUCGCGUGCUUACGAGGCUGUUCAUGGAUCGAGGAGUCGAUCUGGAGCGGACAUACCAGCUCAAUUUCGGCGGAAACUCCGACUUCCUUAAUAUGCUGGAACGCAGCCGUCUGACGUCGAAAAAGAUCUCCAAGACCAACUCAGUCCAGUCGCAGGUUGACACCGACCUCGACGGGGACAACAUCCAUAUCGGCCCCUCUGACCAUGUGCCCUGGCUAUCGGACCGCAAGUGGGCUUACAUAAGGCUCGAGGGCACCAGCUUCGGCGACGUUCCCCUAAAUGUAGAGUUGAAGCUCGAAGUGUGGGACAGCCCGAACUCUGCCGGAGUCGUAAUCGACGCGAUCCGAUGCGCGAAGAUCGCUAAAGAUCGAGGCCUCUCGGGUCCGAUCCUCGGGCCGUCGGCAUACUUCAUGAAGUCGCCUCCGGUGCAGUACACCGACUCUGUCGCCCGUCAAAUGGUUGAGGACUUCAUCUCGGGCGUGGACAACUAG